AUGAGUCCAGCGAACAGCCUCGCCGAGGCGCAGAGCAGCCUGUACAACGCGCUCAGAAUCCCACAGACCGGAGACAUCGACUGCUUUGCCGGGAGGGAGACACAAAGCCAGUGCCUCCAUAAACUUCCAAAACGGCGACGAGCAUUGAUUAAGCCAAUUGUGCAAGCCCUGGCUGUUCAAGAAUCUAACGACGACGACCAGAAGGCCACCAUUGAUGCUUCUCUCCAGGACUUGGCCAAGAAACUCGUCUGCCACAGACCAGACAAGACACACACGGAAACACUCGUGUUCGACGGAGAAGUUUUUUCGAAUCCCUUGGAAUAUGCCCAUGCCUUAUUGAGUAGGAGGUUCCAUAACUGGUUCAAGAAGAAGAGCAAAGAAAAUCCAAGGCUGGUAUGGUCUUCUCAGAAAUCAUCGACUUCCCAUCGAGAACGUGGAGCAGCGCGCAUGAGCAGACGAAAUUCAGAUCAAAGUAAAUGUUUUACCAAUUACGACACAGACGACGGCGAGUACUCGGGCGACUAUCUAAGCGAUGAUGUGAUUGAAUCAAUUGAAGAAGACAUCGAUUUAAGAAGUCACGAGGAAGCCAGUUCAGAAUCUUGUUCUGAAGAUGAGGAGAGAGACGAAUGUACCCGUCAGACAUCUACACAGCGGGAACCUCGACGUCCUAGACUUACUAGGGAGAGCCCACUGGGUGACAGUGAGAUCCCCACGACGCCUCCAAGGAACCACGGUUCGAGACAUCGCAACGUUUAUUCCAGAUCAUCAGGCCCGCUAUUAUAUCCAGCAUCUACGGACGAUGAACUCUUUACUUCACCAGGGUCUGUCACCUCGCCAGAUCCCAGUGAGAUCUUCACACCAUUUUCGACGGUCUCGACACCAUAUUCUACCUUCAGCACUGAGGGGUGCGAAACUCCACGAUCUUCUUUUCGUCAGAGCUCCUACGAUGAACGGCACAUGGAGAGUCCAACGCGAAAAAACAUGCAGACAGACGUUGACCUCCUUUCAAGUGAUAUGAUGAUGAAAAUGAAACUCAACGUGGUUGGCUUGGUUAACCAGAGUGAGGAAGCUGAAUCAGAUGCGGAGUCAUUGCGAUCUCGUCGCUCCAUGACCUUCGAUGACACAGGGAAAUCCCCAGUCCAUGAUAUUAUAAGUCAUCUGGCAAAGCCACUUAUAGAAACAAGCUUGAGACCUGGGUAUAUAUAUUGCUUUGCCGAAAGGUCAAAGCCUGGAUUCCUCAAGAUUGGAAGCGUACAAAGCCCCGAGUUCAGCGUGCCUGAUGAGGUUGAAAGGAGGAUGGAGGAAUGGAAGCGUCAAUGCAAACAUAACUUGGACUACAAAUUCAGGGUCUUUAUGCCCUGUGCUGUUACGAGGAUAGAGGCAUUGAUCCAUCGAACUUUACACAUACAGAAAAAGAAGGCCUCUUGUCCGAACAAAGCCUGCCGAAAGAAGCACAAGGAAUGGUUCAGGAUAGAGGAAGAUGAGGCACGCCGAGUUAUCGAUAUCUGGGAACAGUUCAGCAAGUUGAAUCCAUAUGAUUACAAGGGCAAUUUAGGAGAUCAUUGGACCCGGUACAAACUGACACAGCUAGACGAUGAAUGUCUCUGGAAUGCCAAAAGGUGGUUAGACACAGAGUGGAUUCAGGUGAUCACAGAGGCUGUCGAAGCCUUGAUGCAAGAGAAGCAGAGAGCCCUGGCAGAGAUGGGACACCAGCUGGCUGUGUUAAGGAGGCUCAAGAAUGAAUUUUGA